ACAAUCAGCGUGUGUAGGUCGCGCAUGAUUGAGGGACUGGUAUGAUUCAACUGAUGUAGCUUAGUUUAUACGAAAUACCAAACUUGUGGCUCUUGCGGUGUUUCUUGAUAUCUGAAAUGACUGGAAAAACACUGAAAUUGUGUGGAACACACCUUACAUGGCUGAGAAUGAAGAAUAUGCGCUGGCUCUGCACCCGUCCAACAAAAAAAUUCAGCGCUCGCGAAGCUCGCCAGGUCUUCGUUGACUUCUUCGUCGACGGUCAUGGGCACCAAUUCAUCCCAUCCAGCUCUGUGAUGCCCCCAUUCGCAGACAAAUCUCUCCUCUUUACUAAUUCCGGAAUGAACCAGUUUAAGGGGGUCUUCCUUGGAACUGUAGAACCAUCCAGCCCCUUAUACGGCUUGCAACGGGCUGCGAACUACCAAAAGUGCAUAAGAGUUGGUGGCAAACACAAUGACUUGGACGAAGUUGGGAAAGACUUGUCACACCACACAUUUUUUGAAAUGCUGGGAAACUGGUCAUUUGGAGAUUAUUUCAAGAAGGAAGCAUGCACAAUGGCCUGGGAACUACUUACAAAUGUUUAUCAGCUGCCGAAGGAAAGGCUUUAUGUGACUUACUUUGCCGGAGACCCUUCCUCAGGUUUGCAACCCGAUGAAGAGUGCCGUCAUGUGUGGCUGGAAAUUGGUGUACCACAGGAACACAUCCUUCCCUUUGGAAUGAAAGAAAACUUUUGGGAGAUGGGCAGCAUUGGACCAUGUGGGCCCUGUACAGAAAUUCACAUUGACCUUGCCGAGUCUAGCUGUCCCUUAUCAUCUCCUGUGCACCGAGUCAAUGCUGGACACAGUGACUUGGUGGAACUCUGGAACCUUGUAUUUAUGGAAUUCAAUAGGGGCGCUGAUGGCCAGUUGCACUCGUUACCAAAAAAACAUGUGGACACAGGAAUGGGACUUGAACGGCUUGCUGCAGUUCUUCAGAACGUCAAAUCAAACUAUGACACGGACCUGUUUUCACCUCUCAUUACAGCAUUGCAAAAGAAAGCAAGAGUGAAUCCUUACAGUGGACUGGUGGGCAGUGACUGUUUUGUAGACACUGCCUAUCGCACUGCUGUGGAUCAUGCCAGAAUGUUCACAGUGGCUAUUUCAGAUGGUGUACUUCCAGAACAUGCAGAUGCUGGAAACAAGUUAAGAAGAAUAAUACGCAAGGCUUCUCACGCAGUAAUCUGGCAUUUGAAGUGUGACCGAGGCACUCUGGCACUUCUGGCCGAAGAUGUCCAGCAUCUUCUAGGUGAUGUUUAUCCUGGAAUUAAUAUAGAGCUGGUAAAAAAUAUUGUGAAUGCUGAAGAAGACAAAUACCUUCAUCAGAUGAGCAAGGCAGAGGCUACAUUGAAGAAAGUGAAGACACCUAAUGUUUUGCCUGGCCGUACUGCAUGGGAGCUUUACGUUCAACAUGGCCUUCAGAAGGACCUGAUAACUGAUCUGGCUGCAAAAAGAGGCCUGUCUAUCGACUGGGAACAGUUUGAACAGCUAUUCAGGGAAUUCCAGGAAAAGUCUUCAUCGGGCCACAUAAAUGAAGAAGUUAAUUUAUUCCAUAAUCUCCCUGAUCAUGUUGAGCACCUUCGAAAUAUGGGUGUUGCUCUUACCAGCACUGAAAGGAUUUACUUUUACACAUCAAGACAUGGCGUCUAUGAUUUCCCAUCAUUGAAGACAACUGUUGAAGCUGUCUUUAGCAAUGGCCAGAGUGUUACCAGUGCCAGACAAGGAGAACACUGUCUUGUUGUAACCAAUGCUACAAACUUCUACUUUGAAAAUGGAGGCCAAGUCUCUGACACUGGAUACAUCAAAACAAAGAGUGGUGAAGUCAUUAUUCAUGAUGUGAGAAACUGCAGUGGCUUUGUUUUUCACAAAGGUAUGGUGACAACUGGAGUAAUUCACCCGAAGGACGAAGCAGAAAUGGGGAUUGAUAAACAACGCCGUUUGCAGUGCAUGAUGCACCACACUGCUACGCACUGUCUGAAUGCCGCACUGAGAACAGUGCUUGAAUCUACUGAGCAGAGGUCAUCGUUGGUAGACAGUGAGCACUUACGGUUCGAUUUCAUCUGUAAGAAAAAUCUGACCAAUGAACAGAUAGAAAAAAUUCAGGACAUCUGUCGUGAUGCCAUUCAAGCUGGGUGCACUGUUGAAAGAAGAAAUAUGCCUCUGGAAAAUGCAUUAAACCUACCAGAUCUUGUGAAAGUUCCAAAUGAGGUCUAUCCCCAAAGUGUUUCUGUGAUCAGGAUUAGAAAUGAAGAUGACAUUUUUUCUCAAGAGCUUUGUUGUGGAACGCAUGUCUCAUCUUUGUCGGACCUGGGUGAAAUUGUGGUGACCUCACACCAAUCUGUUGGCACCAUGGUAAGAUCUAUCCAUGCUGUAGCUGGGCCAUUGGCUGCUGUUGUGCGCUCCCGAGAUGAGCAGGUCCAGAGGCAAAUGUGUGAGCUGGUUGAAGAAGUUGAAGCUUUGAACCGUACAUCCCUGGAUAACUAUGUAAUGAUGGCAGCUUGCAAAAGAAAACUUGGAGAAGUAAGAAAGCUUGCAGCUGCACGUGGAGUUUCUCUGCUGCUUCAAAGGAAAGCAGAGACAGAACUUCUCAAGUUGGAGCGUCAAAUAGACAGUAUCAUACGAAAAUACAACCAGAAUUUCGGAGCGACAAAGGUGCUGAGUAUGUUGGACAGGGCCUUAGAAAACUGGAAGCACAACGAUUUUGUUGUGGCUUGCUUUUGGGACUCUUGCAUGGAUGGAAACCUUGUGUCGAAGCUGGCAUUCAAGAAGUGCAGUUAUAAGCCAUACUUUGUUGCUGUGUGCACUAAUCCUGACCAACUUCGCAUAGACUGUGCUGUCCCUAAGGAAUUCUUGACCAGUACAUUUCAAGCGGAGGCCUGGGUGAAAGCUGUUGGACCUUAUGUCACCUUGUAUAAGCUUAUGUCUUCUAGAGUGAAUACAACAGAGACUUAUUGUUAUGCAAGGGCAUCGUUUGGGCCAGAUAUGGAUUUCAAGUCACUCGAACAAGCAGCUGUCAAUUUUGCCAAAUGUCAUUGUGCGGGGAAAUCGAGCGAGAAGACAUCAGAUGUCCUAUUAUGAUAAACCACACAGUUUGUAGUGCAGGUGUCUUGCUUAUAUGUACAUUGUCAGUUUUUUCUGUUUAAAUUGUGAAUAAAUAUUUUCUCAAGUGAGUUGUGGUUGACUCGCAGAGAAUAAAAAUUUUUGUCAUACUCCA